AGCUAGAUUCUAUUCACCCAGUGGUCCUGGACCAUCGACAUAAAGUGACCCAGCUUAUCAUCCAGGACAUGGACAAGAGCCUCCGCCAUCCAGGAUCAGAGCGCCUUUUCGCAGAGCUGCGGCGCAAAUACUGGAUUCUGCAUGGCCGUGAAGCUGUUAAGCGCCAUCAGCACUCCUGUCCUGACUGCCAAAGAUGGAGAGCCUCUCCCGUAGUACCCAAGAUGGCAGACCUCCCACAGUCCAGACUACAGCUGCUAAAGCCCCCAUUCUUCUCUACAGGCAUGGACUGCUUUGGGCCUUUCACAGUGAAGGUUGGUCGUCGCCAUGAAAAGAGAUGGGGCAUACUAUUUAAAUGUCUGACGACGCGCGCUGUGCAUGUGGAUGUUCUGUCCAGCAUGGACUCUGAUUCCUUUUUGAUGGCUCUCCGCCGUUUCAUUGCACGAAGGGGUAAGCCAGCAGAGCUCCGUUCUGACCAGGGCACUAAUUUUAAGGGUGGUGAAAGGGAACUCCAAGAGGCCUUCAGGUCAUUACACCCCACAAUCCAGACUCAUCUGGCUAAACACCAGAUUAGGUUUCAGUUUAACCCCCCCAGCGCACCACACUUUGGAGGAGUCUGGGAAAGAGAAGUGAGGUCUGUGAAAGCUGCACUAUAUGCCACCAUCCAAUCACAGACUGUCCCUGAAGAGGUCCUGCGGACGGUACUUAUUGAAGUGGAAGGGAUUUUAAAUUCUAAACCACUGGGUUAUGUGUCAACAGACGUGGCUGAUGUUGACCCAGUGACCCCCAACUUGCUCCUCAUGGGGCGGCUCGACCCCUCUUUACCACAGGCUGUGUAUGCUGAGUCUGAGCUCCUGAGUCGCCGUCGCUGGAGACAUUCUCAGGUGUUAGCCGACCAGUUUUGGUCCCACUUUAUACGACACUACCUCCCGACUCUUCAGACUCGCUCCAAGUGGCACAAGGACCCUGCACAGCUGCAAACUGGAACCAUAGUCAUGGUGGUGGACCCACAGCUGCCAAGAGCACAGUGGCCUUUAGGUCAGGUCACGGAGGUCAUUACAGGAACUGAUGGGAGAGUCAGGACUGCAGUAGUUAAAGUCAAGGACAAACUCUACACAAGGCCUGUUGCUCGCCUGGUAGCUCUGCCUGCCAUACCAGACAGUGAUACGAUCAGUCCUUCUUAGAGUUGCAAAUAUAGUGUAAUAUAUUUGGGGGCGGCUGUGACGAAGGACGACCCCUUUCAGGCAGAGAGACCUGUCUGCGUGAGAAUCAGCCAAUCAGGAGCGUCAUUGCGCUCUGCGACCAGCGGAAGCGGACAGGUUAAGUUUCAGUUUCGAAAGCUCGAAAGAGAGCGCUGAUGCUGAAGACUGUGCAGUUAAUAAAUUAUAUAAUAACGUGUUGCUGUACUUACCAGUUCUAGUAAUGUGUGCGUGCAACUACCAAACCACACACAAAUACUUUCUUUAAUAAAAAUCCUAAAGAGAACAUCUUGUCAGCAUUCUGAUCAAUGCUCCGUGGUGGCUGCAACCAUUAAAGGACCACUCAAUUAUACAGUCCUUACCAAUCACCA